AUGACGGAUAGGUGGAGAGAACCAAGGAACACAUGGGCACCGGGAGAACGGAAGUCACUUUUUGCGAGCACACGUACCCUGAAUCGCCAUCGUACUGGAACAACACACCCUGUAUUUAGACCACAAGAGAAUCAAGAAGCUCAACCACGUCUAUGGAGUCGAAUUCCAUCUGGAGGUACUGAACAGGGUUACCCGGAUCUAUUUAGAAAAGAAAGCAAAUCAUAUAUACCGUAUGCCAAGAGGGUGGAACCUAUCCCAACGGUGGGUGUUGGGGGAGAUAUCAGCUCAAAGGUGUAUAAGAAUCGGAAACCUCUAUAUGAACCGACAACAGAGUCAGUGGAGAAUAUAACCAUCGUGCCCGCUGUAUUACAGACAUUUGAGGCCAGAAAAGGCCACAUCACUGAUGAAAACCACAGGGCUGCAAUUUCAGAUAGCCUUACAGUGCAACUUGUAGAUGAGCCCACACCAACACAGUUCUUCGAGAAAACAGAAAUUAUAGACUCUGCUACAAGGGACACUACUGCAGAUGGAGACUCGUCAGCCGACCGGUUGGCAUCCCUUAAGGACCUUGAAGGGCCCCUGGAGGAGACUUUGGCAGGAGUGCAGACGGAGACAGCGAAGGAGCCAGCUGGUAUUGCUGCCGACUUCAUAGCAAAAUUAGGAUAUAAUCCAUUUGCGAUCUUUAGGAUUAAACAUGCGCGAAGCCCUAUCAAUGUCACAGAGAAGGAACUACAAUACGUUAAGUCGGUAGUGCUCUCUAAUCGUCAUACUGCCGAAGAGCUCCACUCUUACUUCAAAGCCUCCAUUUCGGUCACUAAUGUGCACAUGAUGCGCACGAUAUUGGAAUUUCUAUGCAAUGUUAUUAUAAGCGACGUAUCAUACCGCUCUCUAUGCGUUCGUAUGAUGGAGACAGCACUGGUAUACCACCCAGACGAAUUGGUACAAUGUUUCUCAUGUGCAUAUAUUCCAGUGUUAUUCGAACCUGAAGUUGAUGAUGAUGUUGGAGGUAGAUUCAUCCGUUUGUUGCUAUCUUAUAAGGCUACAUUCGGGGCACCAGGGAUACCGGACGACGGUGUCCCUGUUGGAGUUGACAGUAAUGGCGCAUUCUGCUACAAAAUCGAAGAAUGCAAUCUAAAUGACUUGUCAUACGUGCCAACAAAUUCUGAUGCAUCCUAUCCCGAUCCAGAAUUUAAAACUGCUGGCCAGAAUGACGCUACUAAACGACGGCCAAUUCAUCAUAUAUUCACAAGCUCUGGGAAGAUUGAAACAAUGGUAUUGUUGAAAUUGUGCGCCAACAGAGCUCGUUCGAAAUCAGCAUUUACGAUACCUGCAUCGCGAUUGAGAGAUUGGAUUUGCACAAUCUGGUAUGAGCUGCCAGCAACACGCCCAUGCCUCCCAUUGAUGCGGCUGUGUAUAAACUGGAUCAACUCUAGGGAUGACCCUAAGUUUCUGAAAGAUGCUGCAUUCGCACUACUGAGAAAGGAGUUGACGUUGAUGGGUGAGUUUGAGGGAGGUCGACUGCUCAUGUUGGAGCUGCUUAGUUUCAUGUUAAAGUGUAAUGGCGAUGCAAGCACUGAAUUGAGCAAGAUCGUCGAUAUGUUGGUUGAAAAUGAGAAUAACGUUUUAUACGCGGUGAUGGAUUCAAUAAUAUCGACUAAUCUAGAGGAGGUUGAUAUGCUAGACCUAUGGUGCCUACUCUGUAUCCUGCCGUGGCCAGUGUCGUCACCUGAUAGCGCCAUUUGCCGUCUAAUGUCAUCUACCUUCCUGGUAUUUUACCAACUUGCUUAUGACGCUCUAAAGGGAGAGGAUGUUUCUCGCAGGUUUUCGUCGAAUCCUAUGGGUCUUUUGGAGAAUGCACUUCGUAUUUGUGUAUGUCGUUGUUCAUCGCCAGUAACGUCUAAGGGGGCGCUACUGCAAACGAUACUACUAGUAGAGCUUUCACCUCUACCUGCUUUAGGCAUGUCAAAUGCUCCACUAAUUCUAUCGAGUCUAUGCCCGUUCCUUUGGAAGUGUCAUUUUGUGUGGUCCAACUGCGGGCGUGAUGUCGAUGAAGAUAGUUUGUUGGCACUCCGUCACCUGUACGAUUCGCUCCGUACGCGUGUGUUUUGUGAACCGUUAUCCAACGCUCGUGACGAAGUAGGAGAGCGUAAAGUGCCCAUAUUCCCCCGCGUCCGAUUUGAAUCUGAAGACCAAAAAUCUGAUGAUAUAAGCCGGUUCAUAGGGCAGACACAACAGUUUGGUUCACCUGCUCAGGAUGUUGACGAUGAAUCACUUCGUGGUGGAGUGUCGACGGCACCUGCACCGGCUCCACCAGUAGAAUACGAUUCAACAGCAGUACUGGCUCAACCUCGUGGCUUGCGCAAUUUGGGUAAUACUUGUUAUUAUAACAGUGUGUUGCAAGCUUUGUUUCAUACUAGGAGUUUAGUGUACGGGCUGUUUGAGCUAUACGACAGUAACGAGCAUGUAACUGUUUACCAGCGUAUAUUUCGCAAGUUGAUGAAGCGGGGUAAGCGUACGUUCGAUCCACGUGCCGGUUAUAAACUGUUACCACCGUCAUUCACACGUGGAUCGGAGCAGCAGGAUGUAACAGAGACCCUUGGUCAUAUUAUGGAGUCGCUUGACCCAUCUCUGGGUCUAUGGCGCCGUGUAUUUGCAGGUAUGGUGGUUCGUCGAGUCAAAUGUUCGACCUGCGGUAAUUUAAGCGAUAAUCGUGAGGUAGUCAUGGACUUCACAUUCCCUCUUAAUGGCUUGCUGAGCAUUCAGGGAAUGUUUGACGAUUACUGCCAAAUGGAGACACUGUGCGGAGGUAACCGUUACUUUUGUAACCGGUGUGAUGGUUACAGCCGAGCAGAGAUGUGGAAUGUUAUAGCAUCUCCACCAGCCCAUCUUAUGGUGGUAUUGAGCCGUCAUUUAUGGCGAUCUGAUUCAGAUUCUCAGGGUUAUACAUCUGGCGCAAGCAAGCUUCUGGAUCACGUGUUUGUAGACGACCGAUUACGUAUUUGUGAAUUCGAUUACACUCUCUAUGGAAGUAUCUUUCACUCUGGUCGUGAUACAUCUUCUGGUCAUUAUUACUUCGUUGGUCGUGACAGCGAGGCCCCUAGCAGGUGGCACAUCUGUGAUGACUCAAGAGUAACCGAGGUCACCGAGACCGCUGUGAAUGACAUAAGUCAGAAUCCAAAAAACUCAGACGUACCGUAUGUGGUUUUCUAUCGCUGCACGCAGGCACCUUUAACCCCCGCCUUAAGAUAG